AUGGACGAACGUAUGACCAAUUUUGAAGUCGGCAGUAACUACCAUGUCCUGGACGUGAUCGGCGAGGGUGCCUAUGGUAUCGUCUGUUCAGCUCUUCACUUACCGUCACAGCGCAAGGUCGCCAUCAAGCGUAUAACGCCGUUUGAUCAUUCGAUGUUCUGCAUGCGCACGUUACGAGAGAUCAAACUGCUACGCCACUUCCACCACGAAAAUAUUAUCUCCAUCCUCGAUAUCCUCCGCCCACCGAGUCUGGACGACUUUAAAGAAGUCUACCUGGUGCAAGAGUUGAUGGAGACCGAUCUUCACCGUGUCAUACGCACGCAAGAGUUAAGUGACGAUCAUUGUCAGUAUUUCGUUUAUCAGACCCUUCGAGCCCUGAAAGCGCUGCAUUCUGCGGACGUUCUCCAUCGGGACCUCAAACCAUCAAACUUGCUCUUGAAUGCCAAUUGCGACCUUAAGCUGUGUGACUUUGGACUUGCGCGCUCAGCACGACCUCCACCGAAUGUCGCAAAUGACAGCAGUACAUUCAUGACGGAGUAUGUUGCCACGAGAUGGUACAGGGCACCUGAAGUUAUGCUCACGUUCAAAGAAUACACGAGAGCUAUCGACAUCUGGAGUGUAGGAUGUGUUCUUGCUGAGAUGCUGAGUGGAAAGCCACUCUUUCCUGGAAGAGACUAUCAUCAUCAACUGUCGAUAAUUCUUGACAUCCUUGGCACGCCGUCACUAGACGACUUCUACGCGAUUACUUCUCCGCGGUCUCGGGAAUAUAUUCGCGCGUUGCCCUUCAGAAAAAAGAAACCGUUUGGCACGUUGUUCCCGACUGCCAAUCCUCUGGCCAUUGAUCUGAUGGAGAAAUGCCUUACAUUCAGUCCAAAGAGAAGGAUAGAAGUCGAAGAAGCUCUGAAGCAUCCUUACUUGGAGGCCUAUCAUGACCCUCAGGAUGAGCCAACAGCGGAACCUCUUGAUCCAUCAUUCUUCGACUUCGACAAUGGCGGUCCUCUUGGAAAGGAAGAUCUGAAAGUUCUCAUAUACGAGGAGGUCACCCGAACCAGGACGCAGUGA